GUGUGUCUCUUACUCUGUGUGUGUCUCCAGGAUGGGCGCCACAGUCUUCGUGCAGCCGUUGGACCUGGUGAAGAACAGGAUGCAGCUGAGCGGUCAGGGCACAAAGGCUCGAGAGUAUAAAACCAGCUUCCACGCUCUGUUCUCCAUCCUGAAGAACGAGGGAGUCGGAGGCAUCUACACUGGUCUGUCUGCAGGUUUGUUGCGUCAGGCGACGUAUACGACAACUCGUCUGGGAAUCUACACCAUCCUGUUCGAGAAGAUGACCGGAGCUGACGGGCGACCGCCAAACUUCUUCCUCAAGGCUCUGAUCGGUAUGACAGCUGGAGCUACAGGAGCAUUUGUGGGGACGCCAGCAGAGGUCGCUCUGAUCAGGAUGACAGCUGACGGACGUCUCCCUGCAGACCAGAGGAGAGGUUACACAAAUGUUUUUAACGCUCUGGCUCGAAUCACCAGAGAAGAAGGCGUCACCACGUUAUGGAGGGGGUGUGUUCCCACCAUGGCUCGAGCAGUGGUGGUGAACGCAGCUCAGCUGGCCUCUUACUCUCAGGCCAAACAGGCGCUGCUGGACACAGGUUAUUUUGGGGACGAUAUUUUGUGUCACUUCUGUGCUAGUAUGAUUAGUGGUCUGGUUACCACGGCAGCAUCGAUGCCCGUUGACAUCGUUAAGACCAGGUGA